CUGCCUGUGACUGUUCAGCCCAGCUCACACUAAGUGAAGCCCAUUCCCUCCCAACCAGACUAUGUCUUCACAUACCACCUCACAGUAGCCUCAAUCUGGGAUAGUGAUGACACACAAAAAAGCCUAUGACUGCUUCUGGUUGCCUUAGAAAUCACCCAAGCCAUCCUAAAGGAGCAACAGUAGGUAGCUGAGAGUCUGAACUAGGGCCAGAAACUGGAAAGCAGUCCUUCGCAGAGCAGAGAGUGAGAGACGAGGGCACCAGAGGGCAGCUCGGGGGAGUAGACACCGAGGACGAAGAUGUUGUUCGUAAACCUGGCGAUUGACAGGGUGAUGGCCAAAGAGAAAGAGCAGGAGGAAGUGAGCAAAUGUGCUAUGAAGAGAGGGUGCGACAGGAGACUAGCAAAGGACCGACAAGCAGCAUCUGCGUCUUUGGUGACAGACUCAGAAUGGUUGGGUCUGGGUGCAGAAGAACAAUUGGCCUGGGCUAAAAAUAGUCAAGACCCUCGGGUUGCAGUAGGUUCCCAUUCCCCACUAGAAAAGAAGAUUGAGAGUUUAGGUGGUGUCCGUUCUUCUGAAGUAAGGAAACUAUUAGCCCAGAAGUUUCAGCAGGAGAAUGAAACAAUCCAUCAACUCCAGGCCAUGUCUUUUGACUUCCGGUUUGCCAAAGCGGAGGAAUACUACUACCAGCGAUACCAGGAAAUGAUGACGGAAGAAGCCUGGAAAUACAAAGUGGUUCCAAAAUGGGAAUUUAAAGUAGAGGAAAAGAGAUCACAGAGCGCAAAGACAGAAGACGCUAAAAAGUGGGACUACCUGGUGUCCGAGAGGGAGCUGAAUCACAUAGAGAAACACAUAUGCCGGGUGGAACGCGCCAGGGGCCUCAGAGACCACAACUAUCGGCUGCUCCCUCAGAGAAUUCCAAGAGAAAUACUUUGCCCCAAAAUAUUAACCCUGGAGAAAGAUGAGAAGAAUGAAAACAUCCAGAAAACACCCAAAACCGAAACCAGAAGGCACAAGGUGGCGUGGGCAAAGGAACAGAUGAAGGGACAUCAAGAUCGCAUGAUUCGAGGGCGAGAACUCACAGAGCAGAGGAACGACCAAAGAGAGGCCCAGAAACUCUCCAGCUACGUCCCGCCUUUCCUCAAAUCCCAAGCGCGGAAAGCGGAGGCGAAAGAGUUUGAAUGGGUCACAGCUUAUCCAAUUUUCCAACCUUAUCAGAAAGCACUUCUAGAAGUGACUAUUCUGAUGGAAAAAUCAAAAAAAGAAGAUACAAUUAAGAAACCACUGAAAAGGGAGCUCUUGAGUAUGCCACCCUUUUUGAGAAGUCAGCUAGAAAAAAAUAAAGUCUAGGUUAUUUUGUUGA